ACUAGUCCAUCACCCAAAAGAGAGAUACUAGCCAUUCCCAAAGUAAUGGCAGAGAUUGUGAUUCUUCUAGCCAUUAAAAAGAUCGGAAUUGCCUUGGCAAAGGGAGCAACAGACCAGGCUAGUGUCCAGCUUAUGAAGUAUGGCACGCAACUACUUGAGCUACAGGGCAGCAUGAGCCGGGUUGCUAGGAAGCUUCGCUUAAUCCAUGAUGUUCUCUGUCAAAUGGACAUUCGAAACCGCAACAAUCAAAUAUAUGAGGGCUGGUUGGAGGACGUACGGAAAGUAGCACAUGUAAUGGAGGGCAUGGUGGAUGAGUACUUGUAUGUAGUGUUGGGGAACGAACAUGAUAUAGGUUGUUCCUUUUUCCCGAAGAAAGUGUUUCAAAAGCCAAUAUCUCUGCUUUCUUUGAACCGGAUAGCUUUCAAGGUGAAGGAAAUUGAGAAAGACCUUUCACACCUGUCAGAGGCAAAAAUCCGUUUGGUUCCCAUGAUAAACAUCAGGGAUACUAGCAACUUGAAUUACAUUGUCAAGAGAUCCCACGAUCUGGCUAACAUUUCACGCUCCCUUUAUGAAGAAGAUCUAGUGGGAAUUGAUAAAAAUAGAGAAAAGCUCGAGCAGUGGUUGGCAAGUGAUGAUAUGGAAUGCUCUGUGAUAGCUUUUCUUGGAAUGGCUAUGGAUAUCACAAGUCUUGAAGAAACACUGAGGAAAUUUCUAGAGAAAAAUAAGUAUUUGAUCAUAUUGGAUGAUGUGUGGACUACAGAAGCAUUUGAUGACUUAUCUAGGAUGCUUAUUCAUAAUGAUAAGGGCAGUAGACUGAUAAUCACAACAAGGGAAGGCCAUGUUGCUGCACUUGCCUCUAGGGGACAUAUCUUAGCACUAGAAGUUUUAGCAGAAGACAAGGCAUGGGAUCUAUUUUGUAAGAAAUCAUUUCCAGGAGAAGCAAAUCAUGAUUGUCCUACAAAAUUGAAGUCUUUGUCCAAAGAAAUAGUUAUCAAGUGCAAAGGCUUGCCCCUUGUUGUCGUGUUAGUUGGUGGCCUUUUGCGUGUGCAUGAGAAAACUGUGGAGGAAUGGAGAAGAAUAAAUGUCCAGUUGAGUUGGGAGAUAAUUAAUAAUUUGAGGCUUGACCAUGUAAGGAAUGUUUUGCAUCUGAGCUUCAUCUACCUCCCAACACACUUGAAAAGUUGUUUCAUGUACUGCAGUUUAUUUCCAGAAGACUAUUUCUUUAAACGGAAACAAAUUAUACGGUUAUGGAUAGCCGAGGGGUUCAUUGAGGAGAGGGGUGAAAGCACAUUAGAAGAAGUGGCAGAGGGCUAUCUAAAAGAGUUGAUUGAUAGAAACAUGCUACAACUUGUUGUUGGACGCCGAUUGGUACUUCCAUACAUAAAAUAUGAUAUUCAACAGUCAUUUUCUAGUUUGCACCAACUUCGAACUAUCAUUACAUUGGGCAAUAGCAAGUCAUCAUUCACUCUACUACCACUGCUAUGCAUGGAGUCAAGAUAUAUGACGGUGCUAGAAUUAAGUGGUCUACCCAUUGAGAAGAUUCCAGAUGUUAUUGGAGAUCUUUUUAAUCUCCACCAUUUGGGUUUGCGUAAUUCAAAGGUGAAGAUGCUCCCAAAGUCUAUUGAGAAGCUUUCAAAUUUGUUGACACUGGACCUUUGUAAAUCUGACAUACAUGAAUUGCCUAGUGGGAUUGUGAAACUGAAGAAGCUCAGGCACUUAUUUGUUGAGAAAAUAAAUGAUCCGGAUUGGAGAAACAUUAAUCAUCUCAGUGGCAUGUGUAUACCCAAUGGAGUCGGGAAUCUGACAAACCUGCAGACACUACAAGCAUUGGAAGCACAAGAUGAGUCACUUAGACAUUUAGGGGAGCUGAGACAACUAAGAAGCUUGAGGUUAUUGAAUGUGAAGGGAAUCUACUGUGGACGCAUCUGUGAAUCUCUAGUUCAUAUGCGGCAUUUGUCCUUGCUAUCGGUGAAUGCAAGUGAUGAGAAUGAGGUUCUCCUAUUGAAUGUUUUCCUGCCAAGCCUGCAAAAGCUAAGAUUGAGAGGACGGCUAGCGCAAGGGGCGUUAGAUGAGUCUCCUAUCUUCCAAGUUGUUGGAGGCCAGAACUUGUAUGAGUUAGUUCUAUCUUUUUCACAGCUGAGAGAAGACCCCUUGCCAUCCCUUUCUUGGUUGUCAAACUUGACGCGCCUACAUUUCACUAGAGCAUACACAGGAGAGCAUUUGAAAUUUCUCACGGGGUGGUUUCCCAAGCUAAAGGUUCUCUCUCUAACAGACCUGCCUAAUUUGAAAUAUCUAGAGAUACAGGAAGGUGCCAUGGGGUGUCUGGAAAAUUUGUUUUUAAUCAAGCUCACUAGCAUGACCGAGGUCCCACUUGGCAUUGAGUUCCUCAUGCCUCUUGAGUAUCUAGGCUUCCACGAAAUCACCGGCGAGUUCCUGACAUUGCUGCGCCAUUGUUCUGCAAUUCGAGGGACGCGGUUGAGGUAUUCACUCCGAGAUUGA